AUGAAGAGGGAACGUGAGGAAGUCGUCUCAUUACCAAUAGAUUAUCAAAGCAAACAUACUGAAGAUUUCAAUUCAGCAUGUAAGACAAUACUUGAGAUAGAUCCCUCUCUUCUCGAUACAAUUGUUUCUGGGGACUUUCCACUGUUUCUGAAAAAGGAACAAGAGCUCAUGACCCUUAAUCAUCACUUCACAAAGCUAGCAAGCAGUAUCUUAUCCCAGCAGAUAAGUGGAAGUGCAGCGAUGAGCAUUAAGAAAAAAGUGACUGAAUUGUUUGCGGGCAGCUUUCCAACUUAUCAAGACAUUUCUAAACUUAUUGCUAAUGGUGAUACUGCAAAACUACGUUCUUGCGGGCUAUCAGGACGAAAGGUUUUAUAUCUGGAGUCUUUAGCAACGUAUUUUAAUGACAACGAGGAUGCGAUAGCUGUUCUUUUAAAACAAGAUGAUGAUGAAAUCAUCGAGGCACUGGUCAAAAACGUAAAAGGUAUUGGUCCCUGGAGUGCUAAAAUGUUUCUGGUAACAAGUCUAGAGAGAAUGAACGUGUUUGCCCCCGAGGAUUUGGGAGUAGCUAGAGGGUGUUCAAGAUAUUUGGAUUCUCGGCCUGAUGUCUUGAAGGAGCUGCUCAAUAAAAGAGUGGCAAUAAAAAGAAGUAAAAUCAAGCAUAAGAAAAGCAACUGGAAGAUAUACGACGAAGAUAUCGUUGAUAAAUGUGGCCAACUAUUUGCACCAUACAGAACUGUCUUCAUGUUCAUUCUAUGGAGACUCUCAAGUACGGACGUAGAUGCCAUGGCAAAGAACUCGACCUCCUGA